AUGCACCUCAAGUUGCGUCCGCUGCUGGAGAAGCUGCCGAUUGUCGGAGGGAUGCAGAUCACGAUGCUGUCACCCCCCAAGGUGCAGUGGAUAUUUACAGGAGGAAGGCUUGCGCUGGGGCUGCAGUCAGAACUAGUAACGCGCACGCUGCGCAAGGUGGUUGCAGACAUCCUCAGCGACAUGCUGGUCGUGCCCAACCAGAUCUUUGUGCACUGGUUGGAGGGGAGGGUCUUACAGAACGACAUUGACCUCGAUACCUUGGCGUUUCCGGAGCCCGAGUUCGUCAUGCGCUUGUGUGUGAAGUCGGUGACGGGAACCUUGGACACGCAGAGCAAAUGGUCUUGCUGUGCCUCAUCCCAGAUGUCAGAUGCAUACGUGAUGCUACAGCUGGGCUGCUUCACCUACCAGACGCCGGCAAUUAGGCAUUCGUGGCAAGACAGCUUCGAUUUCCUCAUCUUCACCACAAAUCAGUAUGUGAACGUCAACGUCUUUGCCCAGGACAUCACCUACCGGGAUGUUCGCCUGGGCUCGGUGGAGGGCCUCACAGUUGAGCACAUCUUGCAACGACCCGAUGGGACCUGGCGCCUGACCAGGACCAACGAUGCGGACGUUGCGGACGGAGAGGAGUUCGAGGUGCAUUUGACCGCUCAGUUUUUCUUCCUCAGACCGAGCUUUGCCUCUGUGGCUUCUGGCAAAGGUCCUGCGAACCACCAGGCUUUCCUUUUUGUGCACCUGAGGAGUUGCCGGGGUAUGUUGAACGACUACUGCUCCGGGGCCAGGAUCCGCUUCUGCUCUGAAGGCGAAACGGUGCUGAGCAAAGGCUCCUCGUAUCACCCGAUGCUGGAUGACACCGCGAUAGCCACGCCCACACAGAAGAUGGUGGAGCACCUUUGGGAAACUUCCGUCCACGAGUUAGGGGAGAAGCAAACCAUGAAGUCUAUCGUGGAGAUUACAGGUCUCUCACCCGAAGAGGUCUCAGCAAUCGUCUUUGCACGGCCGACCUUCACAAUGCGCUGGGGCCAGUUCGUGACCGUAGGCAUCAAGGAUGUGGAGCACUUCUCCGUUCAGAUCAGCCUGGAGCUAGAGGGCUUCCGAGGGCGCGCCUAUGCGGACCUGGAGUUGCCACUUACCGCAGAUGAUCUCAUGGCCACAGAGGACUGGGUUCUGGAUCAGCCGCUGAUUCUGAAGCCGCACCUUGAAAACUCAGGAGACAAGAUCCUGCAUUCCGACGUGGUGGAGACUUUGCUCACAGUAUGCGAGGGCAUUGAAAUGUUGGCACGCAGUACAUGA